AUGCCGCGCUCCAACUACGAUGACGAUAACGACUUCCGCGGCGGCCACGGCUCGCGCCGCAACCGCUCUCCGGACUACUAUUCCGGCGCGGGCGGCGGUCCCGCCGUCGGCUUUGGCGACCCCGGCCGCCCCUUCCGCGACGAUGCGCCGUACGAGCGCGACGAGAUGACGCUGAUGCCGCCCGCCCACAACAGCGCCCGCGCAAACUCGGUGCCGCCCGGCAACGCCCUCGCCUACCGCAACGGCUCCGAGUCGCCGCCGUACGCGCGCUCCCGCGGCAGCCACAGCCGGCACUCCCGCUCCCGCUCCCGCUACGACGAUGACGACUCCUCCUCCUCCCGCGAUCGUCGCCGUCGCGGAUCCCAGAGUCCCAUGAGCCGCGCGCGCCACACCGUCGAGGACAACUUCUCCAAUUCCUCCGCGGGCAUCGGCGCGGGCAUUCUCGGCGCCGUGGUCGGCGGCUUCGUGGCCAACAAGGCGACCGAGGCGGCGUACAACCGCUCCGGUAAGGACGGCCACCAGCGCCGCCACAGCGACGAGAACAAGGUGCCGAUGGCCGUGUCGACGCUGCUCGGCGCCGUCGCUGGUGGACUCGGGGCCAACGCCCUGGCCCACCACGUCGAGGACAAGCGGCGCGACCGGGAGCGCCCUCACAGAAGCAGGGAUGACGACAGUGAUUAUGAUGAUCGACGCUCCCGCUCCCGCCGCGAUGAUUAUGACGAUUACGACGACCGCCGACGUGACGACUACAGACGACACAGAGAUUGA